AUGUUUGCGGAGUAAUUUGCCUCUUCCUCGGCCAAUGGGAACCGGGGCACUUUCCCAUCCACCCCGACCUCCCUCCUCUCCUCCUCCUCCUCCUCCUCCUCCUUCUGCUGCUCCUUCUUCUCCUCUUUUCAGGCUCUCCGAGGCUUUUCUGCUUCCAAAUGCGGCUGGGACGGGACGGGACUAGGCACCGGGAGCCUGCGCCUUGGCUGGGGGUCCUCUGAGCCUUCUUCCGCAGGGGCAGCCUCCCCCGCCCAGAAUGUGCACAGCCCAGAGCCCCAGCCCCAGCACCAGCAGCCCCUCGCAAGCAGCCCCGGCAGCUCCAGCAGCAGCAGCAGCAGCAGCCCCCUUCCCGGCCGGAUUACCGCAGGAGCCCUCCUCUGCCUGGACCCAGCCGCCGCCGCCGCCGCCCCGUCCUCGCCCGACCCCGGAGCAUGGCUUCUGGAGAGCGCAGGGCCCCCGGGGCCCCGGGAGGCUCCGGCAAGGCAGCCCCCGCCGACCUCCUCCGGCGCCCCAGCUACUGCCACGCCGCCUUCGCCCUCAAGCAGAUCGCCAAGGGUAAGGCUGUGGGCCAGAAAGCCCCGCUGUGGUUGCGGGCCCAGUUCCAGGCCCUGCUGUUUACAUUGGGAUGCUGGAUCCAGCGUCACUGUGGCAAAGUACUUUUUGUGGGACUAUUGGUGUUUGGGGCGCUGGCUGUUGGGCUGCGAGUAGCCUCCAUUGAGACGGAUAUUGAGCAGCUCUGGGUGGAAGAGGGCAGCCGUGUCAGCCAGGAGCUUCGGUACACGAAGGAAAAGCUGGGAGAAGAAUCUCUCUACACAUCACAGAUGCUGAUACAAACUCCCAAACAUGAAGGAGAAAACAUUCUGACCCUGGAAGCCUUGGCAAUGCAUCUUGAAGCUGCUCUAGCUGCUAGCAAAGUACAGGUCUUACUUUAUGGAAAGUCUUGGGAUCUCAACAAAAUAUGCUACAAGUCGGGUGUCCCCAUAAUUGAAAAUGGCAUGAUUGCACGGAUGAUCGAGAAGCUCUUUCCCUGUGUUAUUGUGACCCCACUAGAUUGCUUCUGGGAUGGUGCCAAGCUGCAGGGCGGCUCUGCUUACCUUCCGGGUCGACGUGAUAUCCAGUGGACCAACUUAGACCCUAUUCAGCUGAUGGAGGAGCUGGGUCAGUUUGCAUCACUAGAAGGAUUCAAGGAGAUGUUGGAUAAGGCAGAGGUUGGUCAGGCCUAUAUGGAGCGCCCUUGCCUUGAUCCCUUGGACACUGAAUGUCCUACCAGUGCCCCCAACAGCCAAAACAAGAAGGAACCAGACAUACCCUCUGAGCUCACAGGUGGCUGCCAUGGCUUCUCCCAAAAAUACAUGCACUGGCAAGAGGAGUUGAUUCUGGGUGGCACAGUAAAGGAUUCUGAGGGCAAACUACAGAGCGCUGAAGCCCUGCAAAGCAUGUUCCUGCUAAUGAGCCCACGACAGCUCUUUGAGCACUAUCGGGAUGACUACGAGAUACAUGAUAUCAUCUGGAGUGAGGAGAAGGCAGCUGCGGUGCUGGAAGCCUGGCAACGGGAGUUUGUUGAGUUGGCCCAGGAAUCCCUCCCUGCAAAUUCCUCCCAGACCAUUCAUGCUUUCUCCACCACCACACUCAACGACAUCAUGAAAUCCUUCUCAGAUGUGAGUGCCAUUCGUGUGGCUGGCGGGUACCUGCUGAUGCUGGCAUAUGCCUGUGUCACCAUGCUGCGUUGGGACUGCUCCAAAUCACAGGGUGCUGUUGGCUUGGCUGGGGUUCUUCUAGUUGCCCUUUCAGUGGCAGCAGGACUUGGAUUUUGUUGCUUGCUAGGAAUCUCAUUCAAUGCAGCCACCACCCAGGUACUGCCUUUCCUUGCACUGGGCAUUGGUGUGGAUGAUAUGUUCUUGCUGGCACAUGCCUUCACAGAGACCAGCCAACAUGUUCCCAUCAAGGAGCGGACUGGUGAAUGCCUACGGCGCAGCGGCACCAGUGUAGCACUCACCUCCAUCAAUAACAUGAUUGCCUUCUUCAUGGCUGCCCUUGUGCCUAUCCCAGCUCUGCGUGCUUUCUCUCUGCAGGCUGCUGUUGUGGUUGUUUUUAAUUUUGCCAUGAUGUUAUUCAUUUUUCCUGCUAUCCUGAGCUUGGACCUUCACCGACGUGAAAAUAAGCGGCUUGACAUUUUGUGCUGCUUCUACAGCCUCUGCUCCUCCCGCGUCAUCCAAAUCCAACCACAAGAAUAUGCUGAUGCAAAUGAUAACCACACCAUACCCUCUUACCCACAUGGUCACCCAGCACUGGCCACCAGCACCCGUAUUACGACUACAGUGCAGGCCUUCACACAGUGUGAUCCCUCUGGGCACCACGUGGUUACCAUCUUACCACCCACGCAGCAUGUCUUCACCACUCCUUCCACUCUGCUACCUGCCAACCCUCUGGGCUCACAAAUCUUCACUCCUGCAAGCUCAACCCGUGAUCUUCUGGCACAAGUGGAAGAGGGCAAAGGUGCCCAGGAUUGUGUGCCAUUGCCCUUUUGUCAGUGGAACCUCUCCAGCUUUUCUCGGGACAAAUACGCACCCAUUCUACUUCAGAGCCAAACUAAGGGAAUUGUGGUAGCCCUCUUCCUGGCACUGUUAGGUCUGAGUCUCUACGGUACAACAAAGGUACAUGAUGGGCUCUACCUGACAGACAUUGUUCCAAGAGGCACAAAGGAGCAUGCCUUCAUUUCAGCCCAAUUCAAGUACUUCUCCUUUUAUAAUAUGUUUGUGGUGACCAAGGGUGGCUUUGACUACCCCAACUCCCAGAAGGCCCUCUAUGGCCUGCAUCAAGCCUUCAACACAAUCCAGUAUGUAGUCCGUGAUGAGAACCACCAGUUGCCUAAGAUGUGGCUGCACUACUUCCAGGACUGGCUGCAAGGUCUCCAGGCAGCUUUUGACCAGGACUGGGCAGCUGGGCUCAUCACCAGAGAGAAUUACCGCAAUGGAUCAGAAGAUGGUGCCCUGGCCUACAAGCUUCUCAUCCAGACGGGCAACAAGAAGGAACCUUUCGAUCUAAAUCAACUGACCACUCGCCGCCUAGUGGAUGAGAAUGGGAUAAUUCCCCCUGACAUCUUCUACAUCUGCUUGACAGUUUGGGUGAGCAACGACCCUCUUGGCUUUGCUGCCUCCCAGGCCAACUUCUAUCCACCAACCCCAGAAUGGAUUCAUGACAAGUAUGAUGCCACUGGCGAGAACCUUCGAAUCCCAGCUGCACAGCCCUUGGAGUUUGCACAGUUCCCCUUCUACCUCAAUGGAUUACGGCAGACAUCAGACUUUGUGGCAGCAAUUGAGAGUGUGCGUGCCAUCUGUGAUGCAGUGGCCCAAACACAUGGUGUGCUCAGUUACCCUAGCGGCUAUCCUUUCCUCUUUUGGGAGCAAUAUAUUAACCUGCGCCACUGGCUUUUGCAGGCCAUCGGCAUCGUAUUGGUUUGCACUUUCUUGGUGUGCACUCUGUUGCUACUCAACCCUUGGACAGCCAGUAUCAUUGUAUUUGUUCUGGCAAUCAUGACAGUUGAACUCUUUGGUAUCAUGGGCCUCAUGGGCAUCAAACUGAGUGCCAUUCCUGUGGUCAUCCUCAUCGCUUCUGUGGGCAUUGGUGUGGAGUUCACUGUACAUGUGGCCCUGGGUUUUCUCACUGCCAUUGGCAACCGGAAUUUGCGCUCCACUGUGGCCCUAGAACAUAUGUUUGCUCCCGUGAUGGAUGGUGCCGUUUCCACUCUGCUUGGUGUACUUAUGUUGGCUGGUUCAGAAUUUGAUUUCAUUCUGAGGUAUUUCUUUGCUGUGCUCACCAUCCUGACAAUUCUGGGGCUGCUCAAUGGCCUAGUCCUGCUGCCAGUCCUGCUUUCUAUCAUUGGGCCACCUGCAGAGGUGACACCAGCAGAUAAUGGCAGCCGCCUCCCAACACCAUCACCUGUCCCACCGCCCAUCAACCACCACAGCUUUUAUGUUCACCAGCAUGGCAGGGCCUUUGGUGACUCUUCAGACUCAGAAUAUUAUUCAGAGUGCACUGGUGCUUCAGACAUAGGUGAAGAUGAUCGCAGCGCAUACAUCAUCCCACCAACACAAUCACACAUCUUGGUCAAGGCCAGCAAAAGCCCCAGCUUUCCCAAAAUCACUGUGGUGAAAAGCUGCAAAACAAGCCUAGAAUCACCUCUAUCAUUGUGCAGCCCAGACUGGACACAAACCACAAUCCCUGGAGGUCACAUACUUGCCUCUGGCACAGAGGCUAAAGAGACUUCAAAGCAGCAAGAGCAGGCCAACCACGGACUAGGGCCCCGGAUAGUUCGGACUGCUCCCAUUCCCCCUUGGACCAACCCCACUGCCCAUGGCACCAAAGUACCACCUGUUGGACCUGGUGGCACUUUUGCCACAGUUACAGCUACUGCAUCAGUGAUGCUGGCCUUGCAUCCAUCCCUGCCUGGCUCAUGUCGAGGCUACACACAUGAGGGCUUUGAAUCUGAUGGCCCUGAAGAGUCCGGUGUAGAUUUCUGUGACAGCUUCGAACUGCAGGACCUCAACCAGAGACACUAACUCUCCACUUUGGCAGGCCAAGGCCCUGGCUCUAAAACUCCCGCCUCAGGGAUGGGAUGUGUGCAGAAUCCCAGGUGGGGAGAGGGGCCCAGAUGGUACACACACACACAGCCUAGACUGUGAAGCAUACAUGGAGGCUCUUCCACUGUGCCUGACCAACUGUAGAUGUAGACAGUGCCUUUGAGAACUCGAGCAAGGAGGCCAGAUGAGCUUCUGCAGUAACCAUUUAGUGAAAAGGUUGAUGGGAGAAUCUCUCAGCACCUGGUACUCCACUCUCCCAUGCCUUCUUUUCUCAAGGUUUAUUUGCCAAAUAGAUUACUAGUUUCUUGGUUGCUGGAGCUUCUGGCUUCAGAACAUCAGCAGUUUGUGUCCUUACAUUGGAUUGAUGGCCCACAGAGUGUUGGGCCCCACUCACCUAGAGACAGGGAACGUUCCAGCCCAUCAAACCUGCAAAACAAAAGUGACUGUUUCCUAUAUGCUAUGUAAAGCAUCUUAUGGCCAGCAUCAGGACAGGGCAUGAAAAUUUCCCAAUCACUUACCCUCCCGUGGAGAGAGCAGGACUCAACUUAAAUGUGGGGAGGUUCUCCCAUAUUGUGCUGCUAUUCUUUUAUUUUUAUUAAUAUUAAUAUUAUAUUAUUAUUAUUAUUAUUUUAAGCUGUAUAAAAAGAGUCACAAACCCUUCCCCUUAUAAUUAUAAUAAUUAUUAUUUUUAUUAUGUUCACAGCUCCCUCAUUUAAAAAGAAAGUGGGGGUAUCCCUUUAAGGGGAACUGCGAGGGAAAAGUUGUAAUGGGAAAAGGUAACCCCUGGGAGCAUGGAGUGAAGGGAGCAUGCAAUGGAGGGGCACCAUGUGUCUUAACGUUCUAUGCAAGCUGGGUGGGACAGGCUGUGCUCUGCUCCUGCUUCCACCAGCACAAAUUCAUGUGCCAGCAUCUGCCAUGUGGCUGUUCUUAAUUUUCUUAUUCUAUCCCAUGCCCCAAAAGUUUCUUUCGUGCCCUCCUUUUUAGCUUUCUUACCUCUUUUAUCAGCCUGUCACACAAGUGUCCCCUAAGCAAUUCUAAAGUACCUCCUAGUAGUUAUAUUCCCAGCAUCAUAAUUUCCCAGGAACGUCAGUGGGCCAUAAUUAAUGAUUAAUAGAAGACAAAUGGUGACUACUUGGGGAUUGUUCAGAACAGACAGUUUGUACAUAAAAAUGUAUUGGUCCUGGAAGUCCUCCAAACAGGGCAUUCCAUGCCAUUCUCCCAGCCAGAGUGGUAAUGUCUGGAAAACUAACCUGUACAGGUGUGGAUUUAUCUGUGUUUUUGAUUCCAUACUUUAAAAAGUGUUUCUCACAAGAUGUUUUACACUCCAAGGUAGCCCCUAAGUACAAAAUAUAUUUGUAUUGUUUGGUUAUGAAGGGAGUGUUUCAAAUAGGAAUGUGAGGUAUCUAGAGAUAAUAACACUUCAGUAGGAAGGCUGGGCAUUCUGGUGGUAAAUUCAACCAUUCACUUCCCUUGUUGAGGGAAUCUGUAAUAGGUGGCACACUGUAUUCUCAUUGGAGCAACAGUACACACACCAUUUGUGAUCUUAACACACAACGGGCUUUCCUAUGUUGAGACAAUUUCCUUCCCAGCCUGCAUAGGUGUAGUACAAAGCUCUCAAGCCACAGUUCGCCAGUGAUGAUAUGCUAAACUUUCCUUGUUCCCUAUGCAGAGAUAAUUUCUGUGUAGGAAAAAUAUCAUGUGUGAAAUUAUCCCUUGAUUUGAUCCAGCAAGGUUUUGUGGUGACAGCAGUCUCUCCCAGUCAAAAAGAUUCCCUAUAUAGUCAUUAGAGCAGAAAAUGUUCAAAGGGAGCAGCAAAAGUUGGGCAAAACAUUUCAUUUUCCUGACCAAAAGUAUGAUUGCUGUGGUUGCUGCUUCUGUUUCUAAAUGAUCUUUUUCCGGUUCAGCUUCUUUGGUUAGAAAUUUAGAAAUGAACAAUCACUUGGCAGUAGGAUGGGGACUAAAGGACAAGUUCCAUUUCUAUCAGAUACACUUGCGGUUUCUGUGUAACAAAUCAAAAUUGAUUUACUAAACAUUUCAGGUUUUUCAUUUUGGUUUAGGACAAAAAUUGGAAUUAUGCAUGCAAUUUAAAGUGUUGCUUUUCAGACAAGAAAAUGGCUCAUACCAUAGACAGACAGACCAACAGACCGAGCUUCUAGGAUUUUUUUUUCCUUUAAAAAUAGUGUCAGUUAUCAUUUCCUUUCUUUUUUUAAUAUAUCAUCAAAAGGAAAGGCAAGACAGAUAGAAAGACAGAAAGAGUGCCAUUCACUCACCUGUUUACUUUUGGGUCUAAUGGAGUGCUUUAGUUUUCUGCAAGAUGAUUGCAAGGCAAUAGAAGUAAUAUUUUAAAAUGGCUACAGUUUUUAUUACAGACAAGGCUAUGCCAAAUGAAUAGGCAAUGUAGGCAAUAGUGCGGGCCAGUAAAAUUCCAAGAACCCUUAAUUAUAAAUCUGUCAGGGAAAACCACAAUUCCCUGUGCCCCAGACUUGGGACAAUGAUCUGAAAUUAGGACAGUUGUUUUCCAUCCUCACUCUCUGGUUUUCCUGACUGUAGUUUUUGUUCCUCAUUUUGUGGAAGUGAAUCCAUUUUCUUGUGUGAAACAGGAAACAGGCUGUAACUGGAAGAAACAGAUAAGUGAGGGAGAUGCUGUUGUCACUUUGGGUUGUAUACACCCCCCCCAACACAUGUUACACAGGCUUCUAACAAAAAGACGUAAAGAUCGGGAUAAAAAUUGCUUUUCGACUAAAGAACAGUCUCAAUUACAAAUUUUUGAAUUUAGCCUUUAGGAAGGCCCCCUUCCAACUGCAGAUGUUAUUCAACAUGAUUUUGUCCAACUGCUAGAUACUGCUAGUUUUGCAGUGGUACUGAUGUUUUCAUUGUGUAAACACUUUACAGCAUUGUCUUUAGAAUUGGAUAAAAUAAGCACUGCAACUGUCCUUUAAUUGUUCUUUGCUGGGUUGGAGGGUCUCCCUCUGAGGGCUUUCUGUGAAAUUGUGACCUGUUUUAGAAUACAGUUGUGGACACAGUGGCCAAGGCACCACAGUCAACCAGUUUACUUGUGUGAGAGAGCAAGUCUGAUUCACUCUGGAGUUGUUUCCCCCAUGACUUUCUUCCCUCUAACCCCCAGCACUUUAUGAUUAUUAUGAUUAUUAUUAUUUUUAAGAAUUCCCUGUACCCAAUAACUGCUGUAAUUUUAUUCCCCAGACCAUAUUGGCUUCCCUAUUAGUCUCUUGCUACCAAGGGAGUUUCUCCUGAGGUUUUCACAGUCUGGUUGUAAUGUGAAAGCUUCAGUAAGCCUGGGCCUCCACCUACAACGAAGUCAUACUGUUCAUUUAAAGUGACCCAUGAUUGCUGGGGACCAGAAAAAAAUCCUGUAGAAACUUGCCACAUUGUAGGGCCUGACUUGGCCAUUUGAAUUUGCUCAGUUUGGCCAGCACAGAACUAUAAUAGUCCAGAAACUACUGUCAGAAUCAGAAUCUAGCAACAGUUGACAUUUUUCUGCAUUUGUUUGCUCCUUCAUUCCAGCCACUGACUAAAAUCGGCAAAGUGCUUCUAGGAAACUCAUCAUAGAAAUGGUGCUCCCCAUACCCCUCCCCAAGUCUGGGACCAGCAAAGCAUGGGAAAAUGGUGGAAAGGGGACACACUGUGUGUCCAUGUGUGUAUUUGUGUGUGUAUGAAUGCUUGUGAUUGUGUAGUGGGUGUGCUGGAGACCUUUUAACCUGAAAUGUUGUCAUGCCAUAUAAAUUAUUUAUAUCAAAAAAGAUUUAUUUUUGUAGUUUGUACAGACCUCUAGUCUUGCAAUGGAAGUUUUAUUUUUAAAAGUAAAUAUAUAUUAUAUAUAAAGCUAUCA